AUGUUUAGUACUAAAUUAAAUCGAUUAUUAUGGUCAGUAAGACCAUGUGUUCGUCUAAACACAAAUAAUGCAACGAAUUCAUUAAAUAAUAACCUUGAUAAUAAACCUACAACACAAACAACAAAUGAAAAUGGAAAUAUUCGAUAUGUACCUAUAGUUGAAAAAGUUAUUCGUGAUAAACAUUUGGCUAAUAUCACUGUUACUUCGUUUUAUUGUCAAACUGCUAUUGAACAAUACGCUGCCAAGCAAUCAACUCGCCUUACACCAUUAACAAUGAUGUAUAUUGGGAAAACAGAAGAUGAUACUCAUCUUUUAAGAUCAGCUCAAUAUCUUCAUAGAGAUUUACCUAUUCGUUUUGCACAUCGAAUAGAUGAUUUUCGAAAUCUACCAUUUGUUGUUGCUUGCAAUCCUCUUUUAUUAGAAUUGCACGAGCGAUUUAUCAAAAUCUUUCAUACACUACAUACAUUUCCACCAAUUAAAACCCGUGAACAAGAGAAAGAUUUUACUGAACUACUCAAAAAUACACUUAGUUGUACUUCCGAUACAUUACCAUUAUUAGCCGAAGGUUUUCGUGAAUCAAAAAGACACAUAAAACAAGAAACUCUUGUACGCAAUUUUCUUGAUCGUGCUUUGACUUCUCGAUUGGCUAUUAAAAUGUUAAUUGAACAUCAUAUUGCAUUACGCAAAGAUAAACCAAAUUAUAUUGGUGCUAUUUGUAUGAGUUUUUCACCUACAAAACUCGUUGAAUCAGCAGCUGAAUAUGUCAAGAAAGUAUGUCGUUCGGAAUAUGGUGUUACUCCUAACGUUAAAAUUGAUGGUCAUGUACAUAGUACAUUUCCAUAUAUUGCUACACCAUUAAAUUAUAUUAUACCUGAGAUGUUGAAAAAUGCAUUUAGAGCUACUGUCGAACAUCAUAGAAAUUCAAAUAGUGAUUUGCCAAGUGUUGGUGUUACAAUUGCUGUUAAUGAAGAUGAACUUGUUUUUCGAAUAAAAGACCGUGGUGGUGGUAUGCCACGAUCAUUACUUGAUAAAGUAUUUGAUUAUCAUUUUUCAUCGAGUCAUUCAGCAGAUAAUGCUGGGUCACUUUCUUAUACUGAUUUUGAAAGUCAUUUAUAUGAUCAACUAGUUACGAGAGAUAAUACUAAUAAAAUAAGCGGAUAUGGUUUUGGUGUGCCAACAUCACGUGCCUAUUGUGAAUAUUUAAAUGGUUCAUUAACAAUUGAAACAAUGUAUGGAAUUGGUACUGAUGUUUAUGUACGUGUUGGACUUUUAACAUCAGAAAAACGCAUUGUACGAUUGUAA